GAGUUGGUGUUAGUUUGGAAACAUGCGGCGGAAAGAGAGCUUACCGCCAACAGAGGAAUACCAGCUCAUAUCUUUUUCACUGACUGUAACCAACGUGCUAUCUCAUUGAGAGAGCCUCGCGCAGCCUAUUAGGCGUAUUUUAUGGAGAACUAUAGAUGACAAGACCUGCACGCUGCGGGUUGCUCUCAGCAUCUACUGGGAUCUUUACUGUGGAUCAUGGCAAGAGGGAUGACGGGAGCUCAUCUCCUCGCUUUAUUUUUUGCUUUUUCAGUAACACUUUUCAGGGAAACAGAUGGACAAGAAACAGGCUAUAGUUUGAGUCCUCCGUAUUUCAACCUCGCUGAAGGGGCGAGUAUCUCUGCCACAGCAACCUGCGGUCAGGAUGAGGCUGGGGCACCGAGAUAUGAUUUGUACUGUAAGCUGGUCGGAGGACCUACUACCGGAGUUCUUACUCAGAAUAUACAGGGUCAGUUCUGUGACUACUGCAAUGUGGCUGACCCUAACAAAGCCCACCCGGUGACCAACGCCAUCGAUGGGACAGAGCGGUGGUGGCAGAGCCCUCCUCUCUCCAGAGGGCUGGUUUACAACGAGGUGAAUGUAACCCUGGACCUUGGACAGCUCUUCCAUGUGGCAUACGUUCUCAUCAAGUUUGCUAAUUCACCUCGCCCUGACCUCUGGGUGCUGGAGCGCUCUAUAGAUAACGGGAGGACCUUCACACCCUGGCAGUAUUUUGCACAUUCAAAGCGUGAGUGUAUUGAAAGGUUUGGUAAGCAGCCCAACAUUCGUAUAUACAGUGAUGAUGACCAGCUCUGCACAACAGAUUACUCACGGAUUGUUCCCUUGGAAAAUGGAGAGAUUGUAGUGUCUCUGGUGAACGGUAGGCCAGGGUCCAAAAACUUCACCUACUCACCACUCCUGAGAGACUUCACGAAGGCCACAAACAUCCGCCUGCGCUUCCUUCGAACCAGUACCCUCCUGGGUCACCUGAUCUCAAAGGCCCAGAGAGAUCCCACUGUCACUCGCAGGUAUUACUACAGCAUCAAAGACGUCAGUGUUGGUGGACGCUGUGUCUGUCAUGGUCAUGCACAGGUGUGUGGUGGAGAACGUAACCGGGACAACUCGAACAGGCUCCAGUGCGAGUGUCAACACAACACCUGUGGGGAGUCAUGUGACCGCUGCUGCCCUGGCUUUAACCAGCAGCCAUGGCGUGCCGCGACUGUUGACAGCCCCAAUGAGUGUCAACCCUGCCAGUGUUUCUCCCAUGCCUUUGACUGUUAUUACGACCCAGAGGUGGAAAAGAGGGGAGCAAGUUUAGACACCUUCGGCAGGUACGACGGAGGAGGAGUGUGCAUCAACUGCCAGCACAACACUGCUGGAGUGAACUGUGAGAAAUGCAUUGAAGGUUUCUACAGACCUUAUGGAGUUCCCCCUGAGUCUCCCACUGGAUGCAUACCCUGCAGGUGUGGUGAAAGAACGGCUGGCUGUGAAAUGGGGUCUGGAAGGUGUAUCUGCAAGCCACAAUUUGCUGGAGAAAACUGUGAACGAUGUGCUGAAGGAUACUAUUACUACCCUCAGUGCAUUCGUUAUCCUGUAUACCCUGAAACAACCACCAAAUCCCCCGCAGGACCAAUUGUGGUACCCACCGCCUGCCCUCGGGGAUAUUUUGGCUCACCCAGCUGUCAGCAGUGUAUAUGUGACUACAGAGGGACGACGUAUAGUGUGUGUGAUGCCUCUGGCCGAUGUCUGUGCCGUCAGGGUGUGGAGGGAGAGCGCUGUGACCGCUGUCGACCAGGAUACCACUCUUUUCCAAACUGCCAGGCGUGUCUCUGUGAUGGUGCUGGCGUUUCUGACAGUGUGUGCGGUCCCAAUGGUCAGUGCGUUUGCCUUCCUAACUACGGUGGACUGCAGUGUGAUGAAUGUGCACCAGGCUACUAUGGAUACCCGGACUGUGCUGCCUGCCGAUGUUCACCGGAAGGCUCCUAUGGUAACGUGUGCAACCAAGUGUCGGGGCAGUGCCUGUGUCUCCCAGGGGUGGUGGGUCAGCAGUGUGACCGCUGUGCCUCUGGACUCAGGUUCCCUCAGUGUUCAGCCCCCAUCAGCUCAUGUAACCUUGCAGGAACUGAGGUCGCUGAUCCUCAAACGGGCUCCUGUCGCUGCAGACCACACGUAGAGGGAACCCUCUGUGACAGGUGCAAACCUCGCUACUGGAAUCUGGCUACAGACAACCCUCGUGGUUGUAUAGAGUGCCAGUGUGAUCUGAAAGGGACCCUGAGUGGUGUUGGAGAGUGUGAACAGAAAAAAGGACAAUGUCACUGUAAGCCAAAUGCAUGUGGACUUGCAUGCGACACCUGUAAGGAUGGAUUCUUCCUGCUCCAGAAAAAGAAGUAUUUAGGUUGUCAAGGUUGUGACUGUGAUAUUGGUGGUUCAAUUGACACAGCAUGCGAUGAGAUCACAGGACAAUGUCUGUGUCAAAAGAAUGUAGUUGGUCUUAAAUGCGACAAGCCUGCACCAAGCUUCUACUUUCCCACUCUGCAUCAGCUGAAGUAUGAGGUUGAGGAUGGCACCACACCAAACGCCAGACCAGUGCGCUUUGGUUACGACCCUCAGGAGUUCCCAGACUUCAGCUGGAGAGGUUACGCUGUUAUGUCUCCUGCACAGAGUGAGGUCAGAGUAACAGUGCAUGUUGACCCAAAAGAUGGGAGUCAGCACUUACACCGAGUGGUUCUGCGGUUCACUAACCCUAGUGGCACCAGUGGGACAAGUAGCAUCAAAGCUACCAAUAACAGAGGCACUGCAGGGUCUGAGCAGUCCAAGGAAGUAAUAUUCCCAGCAAGUCCUUCCCCAUCCUUCCUCACUGUCCCAGGAGAAGGCUUCGCUGAGCCUUUUGCAUUGACUCCUGGGAAAUGGAUCAUUCACAUCAGGGCAGAGGGGGUUCUUCUCGACUAUUUAGUGCUGCUGCCUCAAGAUUACUAUGAAGCACCUAUACUGCAGGAAAAGAUAACCGAGCCCUGCACAUACCUCCCUGCUGCAAACAAGGACGCAAACUGUCUGUUGUAUAAGCAUGUGGCCAUGGAUGGCUUCAGCUCCGCACUGGGGUCAGUGGGAAUACUCUCCAACCGCAGUGGGCGCAGAAGGAGGCAGGCUCGAGUGCGGCGUCCCACCCCAGAUCACCCUGAGAUGGCCAGUCUCAAUGGCAGACAGACGCAGCUUCAACUAAGUCUGCGUGUGCCUCGCCCUGGCCUGUACGCCUUAGUCCUGGAGUACGCCAGCGAGGUGGACACCGUACAGAAUGUCAACAUACUCAUCAGUGGGCAGUCAGGAGGCCAAAUCCCAGCCAGGGCCAACAUUUACAGUUGUGCAUACAGCUUUUUAUGUCGGAGUGUUGCAGUUGACAGCAACAGUCAGGUGACAGCGCUUCAGCUCAAUCACAAGUCGGAGAUUCUUCUUCAGACUUCUACCACAUCAUUCCUGCUGUAUAAAGUGUAUGCAAUACCUGCUGAGGAGUUCUCCAUUGAGUACGUGAAACCUAAGGUGCUGUGUGUCUCCACUCAUGGCCGCUUCACUGAAGACAGUCGCUACUGCAUUCCAAGUCAAUUUGAGAAGCCGACCUCAGCCUUCAUUUUCUACGCUUCCCGGGAUGGACAGCGUUCUCCAGCCCCGGUUGCUUCUCCCCAACAAGGAGGACAGAGUGUGGUCUUGAGGUUGAAACGGCAGAAGGGGGCGUUCUCUGUGCAUGAGCCUCAAAGUGACGGGAUAUUACUGAAAUUCCCUCAGACGGAGAUCAAUUUCAUACCUAAGGUGCCCCUCCCUGGCAGGUACGUUGUCGUGCUCCAUUACCAACAGCCUGAGCACACCUCCUUCCCUGUUGAGGUACGAGUGGACGCAGGGCGUGAGUACAAGGGUUCAAUAAAUGCUUCAUUCUGCCCUGCAGUCUCUGGCUGCAGGGACGUUGUGAUUGCUGGUGGUCAAAUUGCCUUAGACUUUGAGCCAAGUCCUUGGCGGCAACCCAGCAUCUCUGUCAGCGUACCACAGGGGAAGACUUUGACAAUGGAUUAUGUCUUGGUGGUUCCUGACAGCAGUUACACCCCAGAUCUCCUGAAAGAGAAACCCCUGGAUAAAUCUGUAGAUUUCAUACAGCAGUGCCGAGAAGAGGGCUUCUAUAUUGACCCAAGAACUUCUUCACAGUUCUGCAAAGACUCUGCUCGCUCUCUUGUAGCAGCCUACAAUGAUGGAGCUUUGCCCUGUGACUGUGACAAGUCUGGCUCUACUGGCACUACUUGUGACCCUGUAGGAGGACAGUGUCCCUGCAGGCAGCACGUCAUUGGCCGACGGUGCACAAGAUGUGCAACAGGAUACUUUGGCUUCCCUUACUGCAGACCGUGUGAGUGUGGCCGCCGGCUGUGUGACGAGGUGACAGGUCGCUGUAUCUGCCCUCCACAGACUGUCAAACCAGCCUGUGAUGUAUGUGAGACGCAGACUUUCAGCUAUCACCCUCUGCUGGGCUGUGAGGGCUGUGAAUGCUCUCCUAAUGGCAUCAAAACCGAUGCAGGGUCAGACUGUGAUCGCAUCACCGGCCAAUGCAGUUGCAAGCCCCGGAUCGGGGGUCGAAAGUGUGACCGCUGUGCUCCAGGUUAUUACCGUUUCCCUGACUGUUUACCCUGCAACUGUAAAACAGGUGGCGUCACAGCUGAUGUGUGCCACCCAGACACAGGGAGGUGUCUCUGCAAGAAAAAUGUGGCUGGAAUCAGGUGCGAUACCUGUCGGGAAGGUUCCUUCUUUUUCGACUCGUCAAAUCCUCAUGGCUGUACAAGUUGCUUCUGCUUUGGGGCGACUGACCGCUGUCAGAGCUCGAGCAAACGCAGGGGGAAGUUUGUGAAGAUGCAGGGCUGGCGUUUGGAAAAACCUGACCAGGAGGAGGUUCCCACUGUGCUUAACUCAGCCAGUAACACCGUAGUGGCUGACAUACAGGAGCUCCCUCCUACUAUCCAAACUCUUCACUGGGUGGCACCAGCGUCCUACCUGGGAGACAGGGUUUCAUCUUACGGUGGUUUCCUCACCUACCAGUCCAAGACCUUUGGGAUUCCCAGUGAGGGAAUGGCUUUAAUGGAUCGUAGGCCAGAUGUGGUACUAAAUGGUCGGAAUAUGACCCUGAUCCACAUGGCUCAACAAGUUCCACUACCAGACCGGCUGUAUCAGGGCAGAGUCCAGCUCUUAGAGGGAAACUGGCGUCAUGCUGUCACCAAUCGUCCUGUCUCCAGAGAGGAGCUGAUGAUGGUCUUGGCCGGUCUGGUUGGUUUGAGGAUUCGAGCGCUGUACUUCACUCAAAGCCAGAGACUCGGCUUAGGGGAGGUGGGCCUGGAGGGGGCAACAGAUGCCGGGACUGGUGGUCCUGGAAACACUGUGGAGGACUGUUCCUGCCCUCCUGAGUACACCGGAGACUCCUGUGAGAAAUGUUCUCCAGGAUACUACAGAGACAACAGUGGGCCUUAUCUGGGCCGCUGUGUGCCCUGUGAUUGCAAUGGUCUGGCUGAUGAGUGUGAAGACAAGACCGGGAGGUGUCUGAACUGUCAGUACAACACAGCUGGAGACAGAUGUGAGCGCUGCAAAGAAGGUUAUUAUGGAAACGCAGCUCAGAGGACGUGCAGAAUCUGCCCCUGCCCAUUCAGUGUGCCCACAAACAGUUUUGCUGAAGGUUGCAGAGAGUUGUUUGGGGAUGUCAAGUGUAUUUGCAGAGUAGGAUACACCGGGAACAGGUGUGAGAGGUGUGCCCCUGGCUACUAUGGUGAUCCUCUGACUCCAGGGGGACGUUGUCAGCCCUGCAGAUGCAAUGGCAAUGGAAACAACUGUGAUCCAAGGACUGGGGUUUGCAAGAACACGCUGGAACCAGGAGACACAAACACGGAUGAGCGCUGCCAAGAGUGUGAUAACUGUGCCCAAACUCUGCUGCAUGAUCUGGAGAAGCUGGAUGUGGAGCUGGAAAGAAUCAAGGCUCAGUUGGACAACGCCACAGCCAGUGCCUCCUCUCAGGACAGGCUGAAGAAGCUGGAAAAGGCUAUUGCAGACACCAAGAUUCUCGUCAACAAAUUCACCUUCACCAUCAACAAUGAAAAGACCAAAGUCAACCAGCUGGAUGAAGACACUGUCACACUCUCAGAUGACAUCAGCUCCCUCAGAGACAAGGCAGAUAAAAAGGCUGUUGAUGCUGACAAGGCAGUGACAGAGGUUGAGAAAACACACAAGAGAGCCAAAGAUCUGGACUCAGAAAUUCAAAACAUGCUCAAGAAAAUCAAAGCUCUUCUUGACCAACUCAAGGAAAACACCCGCGGUGACACAGUGCCUAAUGAAAACUUGGCUAAAAUGAUGGAAGAUGCUGAGCGCAUGGUAGACGAGAUGGAGAAGAGGAACUUCACCCCUCAGAAAACAGCUGCUGACAAAGAAAGAGAUGAGGCCAAGAAAUUGCUGGACUACAUCAAGUCUAAUGUGAGUAAGCAAUGUGAUGUGAAUGAGGCUGCAGCAGAGAAGAUUGGGGACCUUCUGAAGGGUUAUGAGGACAAGCUGAAGGACCUGGAUAAGGCUCUGAAAGAGGCUUCGGACAAGGUGGCAAAAGCCAACACCAAGAAUGGGCUCAGUGCUGAUGCCCUCAAAGAGCUUCAGAAACGCAUUGACAACUUAAAAAAUGAGCGGAAUACAGUGGAGCAGCAAAUGAGGACGGCAGAGGGUGAGCUGCAGAAAACAAAGGCUCUGGUGGAAAAGCUGUCUGACAGCAAAAAAGAGUAUGAACAGCUGGCAGCACAGCUGGAUGGUGCCAAGACGGAUCUGACAAAGAAGGUGAACGACAUCGCCAGAGCAGCAGCUCAGGAGGACAUCGUUGAGAAGGCAGAGAAUCAUGCAAAGGAGCUGGAAAACCUGGCAAAGAAACUUGAGGAUGGUGUCAAGGUCGCAAGUGGGCGUGAUGAGGUGCGCAACGCUAAAGACGCCAUUGAUGCCUACAAGAACAUCACAGAUGCCAUUAAUGCGGCUGAGGCUGCAGCCAAUGACGCAAAAAAUGCAGCAAACAACGCUUUGGAUAAUGUAAAAAACCAGAAGCUGACAGAGCGAGCCAAAGCCCUGAAAGAGGAUGGAGAUGAGCUGCUGCAGACUGCAAAAGAGACAGAGGAAGACCUCAAAGAUGUGUCAAAUGGUCUCAAAGAUGUGAAGAAGCGGCUGAGCGAUGCUGACAAAAAGAAGAACGCUCUCCAGAAUGAGCUGCAGGAUGUGAAGAAUGGAUUAGAUAACAUCAACAGAGACGGCAUAGCUGACACAAUUAAUGAAGCCAAGAGGAAGGCAGAGGCUGCCAACAACACAGCCAGUGACACUAUGAACCGACUCAAUGAUAUCAAAAAGGAAAUGGAAAAAAUCAAGAUCCCCACCGGUGGCGCAGGUCUGGAUGGUGUGCUGGAUGACGUUGACAAGUCAGUGAAAGAUCUGUUGAAAACCAUCCCAUCUCUUAAUGAUAAGAUCUCAGAGGUGGAGAAUCUGACCUCACAGAUCUCACCGAUCAGCACCAUCUCAGAGAACAUCAAGAAAAUCAAAGAACUCAUUGAACAAGCCAGAGAUGCCGCUAACAGGAUUGGGGUCCCGAUGAAGUUCAAGGGCGAUGGCUAUGUGGAGAUGCGCCCACCAAAGGACCUUGAGGACUUAAAGGCCUACACCUCUCUGUCUCUGUCCCUGCAGAGACCUGAAGGCAGAGGAGACGGGAGACGCAGACGCAGACAAAUCGAAGACAAAGGCAUGUUUGUGAUGUACCUCGGCAACAAAGAUUCUUCGAAGAACUAUAUUGGGAUGGUUUUGAAGGAAAACGUGCUGUAUGGUGUGUACAAGCUCAAUGGAGCCGAGUACGAGAUGAAAACACUUCCUAUCUCCCAGUCUGCAUCUGUGCCUGCCACGUUUGACAGAGUAGACCUACGCAGAAUUUACCAAGAUGCAGAGAUGACCAUGACUAAGGAAAUCACUGCAAACAAUCCCCAAAAGCCGUUUAUCACCAGCCAGAAAGGACAGCAGAAUCAGAACCUCCUGGACCUGACUUCUAGUGAUGUGGUUUUCUAUGUUGGAGGUUAUCCUGAUGAUUUCACUCCACCAGAUUCUCUGAAGUACCCCAAAUACGAGGGUUGCAUUGAAUUCUCCUCCUUGAACAACAAAGGGGUCAGCCUGUAUAACUUCCAGAAGGCUGUGAACAUCAAUCAGGAAACUCCCUGCAAAAGAUAUGCACCUCAGUUAGAAACUGAGUUCUAUGAAGGCACUGGAUUCAGCAAAGGGAUCAUUAAAAAUGCAGGAGGUUUCUAUACCUUUAGCAUGUCCAUCAAUACUCGAUCAGAGAAUGGUCUGCUCUUUUACUUAGGAAGUGAGGAAAAAUACCUAAUUAUUUCGAUGGAGAAGGGUGCCAUUGUUGUACGAACUGACUCGCUCCCAACGCCAGUUACACAGAACGUCAAAGUAUUCCCAACGGAAGACAUGGAAGUCCUUAACAUUAUCAAAACUAACACCAAAGUAACAGUCAGGAUGGGAAAAGGAAAGUCAGAUGUUAAUUUCCCGCUAAGUAACAGUGAAAUGAAGGAGUUUUAUUUUGGUGGUAUCCCACAAGACAUAAGAGAACGACAUAACAUCAGCAUGCAACCAUUCAAAGGAUGCGUGAGGAAUAUGAAGCAGGGCAGCAACACCUUUGUGCCCGCUGAGCAAGUGGGCGUCAGCAAAGGGUGCCCAAGUGAUGGCUUGAUCCCACGUAAAGCAGAGUUUAGCUUGGGUAGCUCCCUGUCAGCUAACCUCGCAGGCUUCAGUCUGGCUGGUGAUGUCACCAUGUCCCUCGGCUUUAGGAGCACGCAGAAUCAGGGUCUCAUCCUGCAGGACAAACAGCAGGCUAAUGGCAUCAAUCUUUCAUUGGAAAAUGGCUAUGUGGUUCUCAUCUUCAACGACAAGAUCUGGAAAUCAAAUAACCAGUACAAUGAUGACCAGUGGCAUUAUUUGACUAUAACUAAAAGAUCAGGAAGGAUUAUGAUGAUUGUUGACGAUGAAGAUGAGGGUAAGGAACACAGUGGCAGCACUUUGAUUCCUGACACAAGCGGCACCAUGAUCCUGGGAAAAAACAGUUUCAAAGGAUGUAUUUCCAACCUUUACACAAGGAGACCAGAAAGUCUGUUCCAUGCUGAGGACUUCAGCGCCUUUAAAGCCUCCGGAGAAGUCUUGCUGGAUACUUGUGCUGUCGAAAAUCCUGCUCAACUUAUGCUGGACCGAACUUCUAGAAAGGAAAGUGUGAUACAGCGGAAAAAUGAGAGUCUAUCAGAGUGUGCGUUACCAGCUAUGGUUCAACAUGCUUAUCGCUUGGGUGGUCCUGUUAGCAGCCUAAGCUACAGUCUUCCUCUACAAGUCCUGCAGCCCAGGCCUCACUUUUCCCUGGAUAUCAGGACCAGAUCUCCUGAAGGCCUGCUGUUCUUUGCUGCUACCAGAGGAGGGCGCUCUCACCUCGCCCUUUAUCUAUCCAAAGGCAGGAUCAGACUGUCGGUGGGCAAACAGAAGGAGAUCUUCAACAGAGAGAAGUACAACGAUGGAAGGUGGCACUCUGUCAUUUUCAGUUUGGAGAAGAAGAAAUUUCGGUUGGUGGUGGAUGGGAUCAGGGCUCUGGAUGGUCAGCUGACAAACUCUGAGCUGACUGCCAUGCAGCACUUUGUGUCUCCUGUGUACCUGGGCAGCGCUCCAGAGUCUCUUCAUAGAGAGCUAAAGUCGAAGGCCCUCCCAAAGCACAGUGUCUCCGGCUGUAUCCGCAGCUUUAAAAUGAAUGGAGCACCAAUGUUGAAUCCAACCACAAACCAUGGUGCUGGGCCCUGCUUUGAGGGGCAGACACAGAGAGGAGCUUAUUUCUCAGGGAAUGGAGCACAUGUGACUAUCAACAACACCUUCGUUAUCGGUUCCAGUUUUGAGCUUCUGUUUAACAUUCGUCCACGGAGUCUGGCUGGACUCCUGCUACAUAUUGGUGAUUCCAGCAGGACCCAAUAUGAACUUGCAACGGGACACUAUCUCACUGUGUACAUGCUCAGAGGAGAGGUAUUUGCACAAGCGAACAAUGGUCAAGGGGAAUUCAUGGUGAGGGUGAAGCCAAAAUCUUCCUUAUGCGAUGGAGGGUUUCAUAAAAUUUCAGUGAUCAAGAGGAAAAAUGUUGUGCAGCUGCAUGUGGACACAAUAGACAAUUACAAGAUUGGUCCACCAUCUUCCUCUACAUCUUUGACCAAAUACUCCUUGUAUGUGGGUGGCAUUCCUGAUAUGUCAGUGCACCAGAUGCUUCCUGUCACAUCGUCCUUUAUGGGAUGCAUCCAGGACCUGAGGAUCAACAGUGAGCCGGUCUCUUUCGACAGACUGUCUGGCGUGUUUGGUCCAGUCAACCUCAAAGAGUGUCCUGGCUGAAGGAGCAUCUGAUUCAGCACCACCAUGCAACAAAACCUGGGACCAUGUCACCGUUAGCCAUGUGCAAUCUGUUACCAAGACAGAGAAUGUGUUUGUGUGUAAGAUUGUAUAUAUUAUAAGGAGUAUGUGUGGAUAUGUGUGUGUGUUUUUGAAAGUGUGUGAUUCUGUUUGUAAAAUAGAUAUGUCAGGAAAGGAUUACAGAUCCAUUGUAAUUUUUGCUCGGUUAAACCUUUCUGUAUUUAUUUUGUGAUCAAAUCAUGUAUUGUGGCACAGAUAGACAAAUGCUUACUCCAACAGUUGUUUUACAGUCAGAUGUGUUGAUCCAUUCAUUUCAAAUGAUAAGUUUGUGAUUGGUUAGGACUGCAGUGUGAGCAGCCAGCACUUUAAGAAAACAAAUGACACCUUUGUGAUGGUGCUGUAAUGAAAAUCAACACUGAUAGUGUAGAUUUUGUCUAAAGUUUAUACCAGAAUUUGUACGUUUACACCCAUGGUGCUCAACAGUGACAUUUCAGGGUCUGUGUAACUAUUUCUUUUUACUUUCUGGAUGCUUGCAUGUAGAAUUUUUCAUUUGAGCUGGUUUAUUUGGAAUGGAGUCUUUACACAAGCUAUGAAAUCACAUGUUUCUACCCCAUAUUUUAUACUGUUAUUCUGAAUUCAUUUUUCAUAUUGCAUUCCUUUUUUCUCACAUUACAAUUUCUGUGUAGCUUUAAGUUUCAGAUAAAGCAGAACACAAUUUGUGAGUUUUACUGAGCAUUGUCUUUAAGUUAAAAACUAUCUAAAUAGAUGCCUUUUGCAUAAGUCCUGCAGUUCAUGUUUGGGACCAUAACUAAAUAGAGUUGGAAAACUGAAAGUAAUAUAACCCAAAAGAUGAAGGAAGAUGAGGAGAUGUUUGAAAUUCCCCAGCAAAUGUUUACUUUUACUUCUCUGUACAUUUGUGUAAACAUCUGUGAUAUGAAAUAUGCAUGACUAUUGGACAGUUUUUACAUGCAUUCCUGUCUCGUGACCACUGAUUUGAUAUCCAUUUUGUAAUCUGUGCAAUUAACGUGCUUUUUAAAUACUGCUCAGUGCCAUAAGUAGGUCUUGAGAAACGUCUUUUAUCUUAUGUUCAUGCUGAUAUCUUGCAUUACUUUAUGUGUUGAGACAUGCAUUCUUUUGCAACAUGUAUUUGAUUAAGAAGACUGACAAAUAUCAUUUGCAAUUUUCAUGAAUACAUAAUAAUUUGAAAAUGAGUAUGAUGAAACUUUGACUAAGAUAGAAAUAUAAUAAAUGAGAUAAGGGAAUAUGUGUAAAAACAUGGAAAUAAUAUACAGUGACUAUAAAAAGCAUUCAACCUUUGGAUAUUUUACCCUUUUAUUAAAUUCAUUAAUCAGUCAAGGUCAGUAUAAUUCUAAAAAGCCUUUUUCAGGCCCAGCCACAAAUUGUCUACUGAAUUUAGAUCUAGGCUUUGACUCAGUCACUCCAGAACAUUCACUUUGUUGUCUUCAAACCAUUUCUGUGUAGCUUUUGUUGUAUGCUUUGAGUCAUUUUCUUGCUGGAAAAUAAAUCUUCUACCAAGCUGUAGUUCUCUUGCAGACUGGAAGAAGCUAGUCCUUCUGGAUUUUCUUAUAUAAUGCUGUAUUAUUUUACCCUCUGCCUUUACAAGCCUUCCAGUGCUAGCUGCUGAGAGGCAUCCCCACAGCAUGACGCUGCCACCACCAUGCUUCACAGUGGUGGGGGUGUGUUUGUGGUAAUGUUUUGUGUUCGGUAUCAGCCAAAUAUAGCAUCUUUUCUGAUGGCCACAAAGAACCAUUUUGGUCUCAUUAGACCAAGGAACUUUCUUCUACCUGACCACUGAGUCUCCCACAUGCCUUUGACAAACUCUGGUGGAGAUUUAAUGUGAGUUUUCUUCAACAGCGGCUUUCUCUUGUCACUCUUUCAUAAAGCUUUGACUGGGCAACAGUUGUUGUUCUCCCAUCUCAGCUGCUGGAGCUGGCCACUCCUUCAGAGAAGUCAUAGGUGUCCUGGUGGCCUAGUUUUCUUGCAUAGUCAGUCACUCAGUUUGUAAGGACGACAUGAUGUUGGCAGAUUUACACAUGCCAUAUAACUUCCAUUUCUUGAUGAUGGAUUAACUAAAUUCUGGGGAUGUUCAGUGCCUUGUUUUUUUCUAUCCAUCCCAUGACGUGGUCUUUUCAAUAACAUUUUCUCUAAGUUGCCUGGAGUGUUCUUUUGUCUUCAUGGUGUAAUGGUAUCCAGGGAUACUGAUAAAACUAGUGACUGGACCUUCGAGACACAGGUGUCUUUCUUUGUACUACAGUCAGAUGAGACACAUACACUACACUCAA